AUGAACGGUUUCUUCCCUCCUGUCAAAAAAGGCCGAGAAGAUAAAACUAUGAAGCGCUCGCGCAUUUGGUUUGACGACGGAAGUAUCAUCAUCCAGGCUGAAGAUACUCAGUUCUGUGUUCAUAAAUCAGUUAUCUUGAAACAUUUUCCCACCUUGAAUGAUCUUGUUUCUUCUCCUCAAUCAUCAUCGAACGGAUGUGCUAUCAUCAAACUCUCCGACUCAGCUAAGGACUGGGAGAGCCUGCUCACCAUGAUCUACGACCAUCUACCAACAUGCAAAUCAACAGAUCUUAUCCCUUUUCGUACCCUUGUAGCAAUGCUUCGCCUUGGGGACAAAUACCACGGUCAUAGCAUUCGAGAGGAGGCUUUGAGAUUUCUUCGAUACGAGUUCCCUCAAGAUCUCGACGACUGGAUGGACAUUUGGGGAACAAAAAUAUAUCCAUAUCCCGAAUCAGAAUUUGACUUUAUCAACCUCGCCGAUGAGAUAGGCUUACACUCUGUGCUUCCAGCAAUGUACUACACCUGCAUUAAGUACGAGAAACUGAAGGACAUUUUUUACGGCCAUCCGAACUCAGACGGGAGUGUAAUGCGACUUUCAUCAGACGUGCAAGCGUGUCUCGUCAUCGGACGAGAAAAGCUUGCCUUCGCACUCAGGAAACAUACCUUCUCUUGGUUGUACAAUAAGAAGAUCAUCCCGUGCUCGCGGUGCUCUGCCAAACCAGAGUGCACAGCGGCGCGAAACCAGCUGAUCCGCAAAGUGUGGAUGCCCGUCCCUAAUAUCUCUUUGGCCCUCGACGUGUGGAAUCGAUCAGAGUUUGCCUCUGGCCUUUGUAGUUUCUGUGCUUACACGGCGGAGAAGCUUUUCCAUUCCGGCCAAGAGAAGUUGUGGAUUGAGCUGCCGUCUUACUUCGGAUUGCCCAGCUGGGAUGAACUGGAAAAUUUAGAUGAUCCGGGUUCCCCCUCUUUGUCGUGA